AUGGACAACCCUAUACAUCAAAAUGGAACAACGAACAAUCUGUUAGUACUCUUUGGCUUUGAGAAUCUCCAGAAACUACAGUUCUUACUCUUUGUUCUAUUUUUAGGAAUAUAUGGGAUAACUAUGGUGGGGAAUUCUCUCAUUCUAAUUGCUGUUUCAGUUAAUAAGAGACUCCACACUCCUAUGUAUUUUUUCCUGGGAAAUUUAUCAUUCCUGGAAGUAUGGUAUACUUCAAACAUCACCCCUAAGGUGCUGGUUGAUUUACUGAGAAAGGAGAAAACAAUUUCCCUGGCUGGUUGUAUCACACAGCUGUACAUGUUCUGUGCUUUGGGAACUGUGGAAUGCUUUCUCUUACUGCUCAUGUCAUAUGACCGUUACCUUGCCAUCUGCAACCCACUACACUACGCCAAAGUGAUGAACUGGAACUUCUGCUACACGUUAAGUGCUGCAACGUGGUUAUUGGGUUUUCUGUUGGCUGCUGGGCUGAACUUCAUUGUCACCACUUCUUUAACACUCUGUGGCCCUAAUCAAGUCGAUCAUUUCUUUUGUGACUGAACACCACUGUUGAAAUUGUCGUGUUCUGAUACCCACCCAGCAGAAGUAGCCAUGUUUGUAGCAAGCCUUGCGGUGUCACUGGCUCCUUUCCUUUUGACCAUCACAUCAUAUGUCCAUAUUGUAAUGACUGUACUAAAAAUCCCAUCGUUUUCAGGAAAGAAGAAAGCUUUUUCCACGUGUAGCUCACAUCUUAUUGUAGUAAGUACAUUCUAUGGGACUCUGGGCAUUACAUAUGGUGUUUCUGCAGGAACACAGUCAAGUGAAUUAAACAAAAUACUUUCCUUACUCUACACUGUCCUGACACCUAUGUUUAAUCCCAUUGUAUACAAUCUGCGGAAUAAGGAGGUAAAAGAAACGCUAGGCAAAAUGUUUAGUAUAGGUUCAUCUUUGUUAAACUUCUUAAAUGCUGUUCUAUCCAGUUUCUCAUCUCUCUGUCAAAAGAAUAUGGAUGGCAACAUUCUUUGA